CAUCCAACCCUAAAGCGUUUAAGGUACAAUUAACGACUGUUACCGGAUGGGUGUUAGGUGAAGGACCCUGUGGCGAACACUGCUCGAUCAAUGACGUCGGAAGGAGCACAGUUACGACUCGAAACCAUAUGUUGCACAUGAAUGGCCCUACAUAUUUUGGAAACUGGAGUUCGGAGGUCAGAUCCCCGCAAAGAAACUACAUCUACAGUAUGAUCACUGACAAAGUAUCCAAGAAUCUCACUGGCGAAGUAGCAGCCGUAAAUGGUCCCAUCGGGUGGGAACAGGAAACAGCCGAGGUCAUUCUUGAAGUCGAUCCAUUAUCAAGCUAUACAGAUAUUGUGAUGCAUGGUAACUUCUGGAAAGACUUUGACUAUGGUUACAAUGGCUACUCAAGAGUCAUCCUCCAAGUCAAGAUAAAUACACAUGAACGCAGUGACACAGGGAAACCAAACAACAGCCCUGUUGCGAUGUUUAAGCCUACAUACAAAAUUCUCUUGAACAGCGUAACAGUCAUCAAACUCUCCACCAUGGACGAGGAUGGGGAUUUUGUUCGAUGUCAGCCAGCAGUGUUCAUGAUAGCUGGUGGUCUACCUACACCACGUAACACGACCAUACAUAAGGACUGCAGCAUAGAAAUAACGGCCUAUGAAUCGGAUCACUUCUUUGAUCAAGGAUGGGGUGUGCUUCCUGUAUGGAUCAGUGACUUUAACGCCAAACCUAUAAGCCUCAAGGGGGACAGUCGUCCAGUUAUACCAGUUGGAUCCCAGUCUCUCAGUGAUAUAACGGUUCAGUUCAUGAUACAGACCCUGAAAGUCAUAGAAGCGCCCGAAUUUGUGGACCCCACAAAGAGUAGUCAACAUGUGUUCUACGUUUAUGCUGGUUCAACACUGGAAAUACCUCUCUAUGCUAAGCCAUAUGAUACUUCCAAAAGUGAGAUUUCUUACCUCCAUGUGAGAUCAAUUCCAUGGAGAUUAUUUUCGGUCCCACCACUGAAAUAUGACACCAGUCGCCAAAGUGAUGGUGUCAAGUACGCAAUAGUGAAAUGGCGGCCAUUGAAAGCAGAUGUAGGAACCUACCUCUUAGGCGCAUUGGUAACGGAUAACUUGGGAAAUGAUGGACUUGAUAGGAAUUACAAGAUCAUUGUCAAAGACAUACACUUCGCAACACCUGAUGCUGUUUCGUCGACUCGACCCUUCUUCACAUUAUUCCCCACUGAUAUUGUAAUACGGUGCCUACAGAAUUCAACAUGUUCCUUCCCUAUUUACUCCACAACUAACCGCCCAGGAGGACGAAUAGCUUCUAUGAACUACACAACUUCGACUUUCAAGAAUACCCAAAUUUCGGUGCCAGUCAAAGUGAACAAGGAUGCACAAGAAAUGUUUGAGACUGAUGUAAGAAUAACAUCUGAUCAGGACGGCGGACAAAGAAUAUGUUUCCUGGCGUAUGACGACCAAGGGACAGGGUCGGAGGAGAAAUGCCUUGGGAUCACUAUGGAAGUUGAAGAUCCCUGCAAAUCAGCUCCAUGCUCGUACGGCUCAUGCAAAAGCAACGGCUCUACCUUCGAAUGUAUAUGUAUAGUCGGAUAUACUGGUCGCCUUUGUGAUUUAGAUGUGGACGAAUGCCUGAGCAAUCCAUGUCAAAACGGCGCAACCUGUGUCACCAGCAACCUCUACUUAAAUUUCUACUACUGUCCUUGCGUUACAGGAUUCAGUGGAACGAACUGUGAAAUAAGUGAUGAUCACAAUGUGGAUAACUUAGACAUGCAUGCUUUAGAAUCUAUCAUAAAUUUGUUUAAUUUUGCUGGUCAGGAUACAACGUUACCAUGUGAUAGCUUCUAUUCAGAUAGUGGGAUGGUCCGCAUCAGACAUGUGGGGACCGACCAUUUGAUAUUCUCGGGUGGGGGAUAGGGGUGGGUGGGUCGGCGAGGGAGUACAGGGAUUAUAUCGAAAAAAAUAAUUAAAAGAAAACAUAUUUGCUUCAGACCGUUGGAAAAGAAAAAAUGAAAUUGCCUACCACAAAAAUACAUUGCAGUGUCUUUCUUAAGAUGAAAUUUAGGCUGACAGUCUUAAUUAAAAAUAAUUUCUGGUUUUGUCGCUGUAGCUGAAACGAAUUGAAUCACGAUAUAGUCCCAGGGUCCAUAAUCACUGAUGUAUUGUUUCGCAUUAAUAUUGAUCAUAUGAAAUUACUCGCUCGCUCGCAGAAACUUAACGUUGAAUAUGAUCCAGUCUGGUCCCUGUCCCUGUAAGGGGGCACGGGUGGCCCAGUCGUCUAAGGCGCCGCGAUUCGCUGUGCAGAGUUGCGUCCCUUGAGUAC